AGCAGGUCUGAACAGACAGCUCCACUGAUCAGGUCGCCUUGGGAAGUGCAGCACACAUCUUAGCAAUGGGAUCCAGAUCUUGGGUUAGAGUUGCUUUGGUACUGUAUGUGAUCAGUCUCCAAACUGAAGCUAAACGACUACCUUGGCAUUUCCAUCAGGGGGAAGACCAUGACUGGUCAACUAUAAAUGGUAUGGAACAGGAUUCUGCAGAUUCUUUGAGUAGCUCCUGGUCACACCGAUUUCAGAGCUCUGGUCAGAAACCUGUGGCUAAAGUGUACCCCAGGCCUGUCCAAGAGCCUGCUCUCUCUCAGUCCAAGCAAACGCUGCAAGAGCCCAAAAAGCAGUCGUCAUGGAAGUACCCACAGAUGCCAGAGAAACCGACAAGGCCUGACGUGCCGUUUGUACCGAAGGUGCCGGUCCCGGCCAACUCUGUGGCUGUGAGGUGCGGGGAAGCUAACGUACUGGUGGAAGUGGACCAGGACUUCUUUGGCACUGGCCAGCUGAUUGAACCAGCUGAUAUCCGUCUCGGUGACUGUUCCAUGACUUCAGAUGAUCUCUCAUCUCAUGUUUUAGUGUUUGACUCUGAACUGCACCGAUGUGGAAGCAGGUUUCAGAUGACCGAGGAUGAACUGGUGUAUACUUUCACCCUUGUGUAUGUACCCAAAGCCCUCGGUGCAACUUCUAUUGUAAGAACAAAUGGUGCUACAGUUCACAUAGAAUGCCGUUAUCCAAGGGUGCAGAAUGUUAGCAGUGAUGACAUCAGGCCAACCUGGGUCCCUUAUGCUGCCACGAAAGUUGAUGAGGAGGACCUGGUCUCCUCCUUGAGACUCAUGACUGAUGACUGGAGGUUUGAGCGGGCCACUAACACCCACUACUUGGGAGACCUCCUGCACAUUGAAGCCUCAGUGAUUCAGUUCAACCAUGUGCCGUUACGUGUGUUUGUUCACUCCUGUGUGGCCACUGCAGUCCCUGAUAUGAACGCAUCACCCAGAUAUUCAUUUGUUGAGAACCAUGGGUGUUUAGUUGAUGCCAAGCUAACUGGCUCCAGAUCUCGCUUUCUGCCCAGGGCUCAGAAUGACAAGCUGCGGUUUGAGCUGGAGGCCUUUAGAUUUGCACAAGAGCAUGGAGACAAUAUAUUCAUUACCUGUCAGCUUGUGGCAACUGCAGCCUCAACAGUUCCCAACCACAAGGCUUGUUCCUUCUCUAAUGACCAGUGGGCUAGUUCUGAUGGGAUGGAUGAGAUGUGUGCCUGCUGUGACUCUACAUGUGGAACAGGAGAGGUUGCAGCUGGACAGUGGAAAUCGGAGGCAUCCUUUGGGCCAAUAAAGGUCAAUGACCCAUCCUGAAAUGUUUUCCAAAUGUCUAUUUUAAAUAAAACUGUCUCAUCUACA